AUGAUUCGUUCUACAACUGAGAACAUACUUGGCGCUAGGUAUGCGGUCAGUCUGGACUGGUCGACAGUGAUGGAUUUAUUGACGAGAGGCAUGCAAAGAGUGAUGUUGAGAGCGUUUGAUAUAUGUAAGUUGGCAUGUGUCUUUCCUGCUGAGCUUGUCCGGGAUGAGGAGGGGUCCAAAGCAUUCACUCUUUGCCACAAGCCAUGGACUUUGGGCGUUUUGGCGCUCUUCCACCAAGAUCUGGACGACGAAUUGCUUCUGGAGAUCUGUAACACUGAGGGUAUUCUCUCUUUGGUGUACACAGAUACUCGUGGAGGACAAGCUCUUUGUUGUGCCCCGGAUUUGUCUCGAGCCAUUUCCCGCAUCAUCGUCAGCGUCAAAACAAAUGCGACGACUCGGACUGGCAAAGACUAG